AUGGCAGUUUUCGUGUGGCGCAAGUCAGAUGCGCAUUGUGAACAGAAAGCUGAAACGUCUGAAGAAGGAGACAUUGGAAUUUGUCACGUCAAUGACGUCGUGGAGAGGAAGAAAGAAUCACGAGCGACCACUGACACGGCCAGCGAUGCGUCUUUGUCGGUAAUCACCACUUUCAAAGGCCCGGCGGAGCUAUUCCCGGAUGAUUGCCAAAAUACAUCUGAGGAGAACAAGAUGACUAAGGGCAAGAUUGCUGUUAUAAUGACAGCUCUUUGCCUUGCCACUUUCUUAGCUGCCCUUGAUAUGGUGAGAUUGACUCGAAGGCUCUAUGAAUUACAGCUGGUGGACGAGCCAUUGAUAAAAGGAUCUGUCAGACGAUUAUUACCACUAUCCUACCCACAAUAUCUAGGGCAUUUCGCACGUCUGAGGCGAAUUAUACCGGCAACGCCGAUCUGGGGAAAGGUCAGCGAUAUUUUCGGACGAAAGCCAGUUCUAUUGGCGGCGAACGUGGUUUUCCUAAUUGGUUCACUUCUCUGCGCCAUCAGCAUUAACAUCAGAAUGCUGAUAGGUGGGCGAUGCGUCCAGGGCGUUGGAGGUGGCGGCCUUCUUGCGUUGGUUAACAUCAGUAUCGGCGAUUUAUUCAGCAUGCGGUCCCGCGGCGUAUAUUUUGGUAUAAUUGGGAUGGUAUGGGCCGUUGCAGGAGCCGUUGGACCGGUGGUAGGUGGAAUUAUGACACAAUUUGUCACUUGGCGGUGGUGUUUCUAUAUUAAUCUUCCUGUCGAUGGCAUCGCCUUUGUUAUUAUAUUUUUCUUUUUUGAGGUUCACACUCCAAAGACACCGUUGUUUGCUGGGCUUAGAGCUAUAGACUGGUUAGGCUCAUUGACCAUUGUCGGAGGCACCGUCAUGUUUCUCCUUGGACUUGAAUAUGGAGGAGUUUGGCUCCCAUGGGCCUCCGUUCCCGUCGUAUGCUUGAUAGCUUUCGGCAUUGGCACCCUUGGCCUCUUCUUGCUCAUCCAAUGGAAGCUCGCAUAUUAUCCGAUCAUACCUUUAUGGCUAUUUUCUUCUCGCUCUACGGUUGCAGCAUACGGGAUGAUUUUCGCCCAAGGAUUUGUCUAUACUGGCGGGUCUUAUUUCCUUCCCCUCUAUUUUCAGGUCGUUCUUGGAGCGACUCCUCUACAGUCCGGCAUCUAUCUCUUUCCCUUUGUCAUUUCUGUCGCCUUGGUCGCUGCCAUCAGCGGAUACCUAAUCAGGAAAACUGGCCUCUUUCUUCCACCCAUAUGGGCUGGUAUGGCAACACUAGUACUCGGGGUUGGUCUCUACAUCGAUCUACCAGCGCACACGUCCUGGGCUCGUAUUAUUACGUAUCAGCUUGUUGCUGGGAUUGGCGUUGGCCCAAACUUCCAAGCACCACUGAUCGCACUGCAAAGUCAUCUGAGACCUUUCGACAGCGCCACCGCAACUGCGACUGCCGGCUUUGUUCGAAAUAUGGCAAAUAGUGUUUCCGUCGUAUUGGGAGGAGUGAUUUUCCAGAAUCAAACGAGAGCUAAUAUCAGAAGCUUGGGCUCCAUUUUAUCUCCUGAGACUGCGGACAUGCUACAGGGUCGUUCUGUUAGCGCUUCGACGGAUUUUGUGAAAACUCUUCCAAACAAGGAGAAAAUACCAGCAUUGAAUGCAUAUAAUCAGAGCCUGAGAGUGAUGUGGAUAUUUUACACUUCGAUGGCAGCGAUCGGAUUGUGUGUAAGUCUGCUCAUCCGUCGGCAUAACUUGGAUAUAGAGCAUGAGAUUACCGAGACUGGAUUGGAGAUACAAGAGAGGGAAAGGCAAGAAAGAUUACGAAGAGAAAAGAUGAAGCCAAAGCGAAAGCGAACUACAGAUAAAGAAGGUCUGGAAAAUUGA